UGUUGCUUGUGCCCGGACGUUUCAUUCGGUUGCACACCAUGCCCUUGACUUCCUACGAGAGGUGAUAGCCGAGAAGUAAACGCAGGCAGCAGCUGGGAGGUCACUUAGAUUUCUGAAUUGAAGUGUGAAUCUGUCGCCAUGGGGCUGGUACCAGACGAGGGAAGAGGUCUGCCUCCUCCGGGAGUCCUCAACAGGAACUCUGUGUGGCUGGCCGGAGUCGGCUGGUGCACCGCCAUGCUGCAGAACGCCAUCAACCACAGGCCGCCGAUGAAAUCAGGUGUUCACCGACAAGUCCUAUUGGCAACAAUUGGUUGGUUCAUCGGCUACCACAUUUCAAAAUAUGAAAAUUUCACUUUCGCCAAACUUGAUCGAGAUAUGAACGAAUAUAUCAGACUCCACCCAGAGGAAUUUGCAGCAAAGGAAAAAAAGACCUUUGCAGAGAUCGUCGAGCCUUUCCAUCCUGUGCGUUAAGUGUCGGCGGCUGAUGAGAUGGAAUAGGGAGGAAGAGAGAAAACACUUGCAGACUACCAUCUGUCUUGAGUGGUCUUUUUGUGAAAUCUUUCAGUCAUUUAUUGUGUGAAAUAUUGUUAUGUAAAUAAAAAAUACCUGAAUUCAACA